AUGGGCUGGCCAGUAUGCAAUAAUACGGCAGAGGAACAAACGAUCGAGGAGAUCCCACUCUGGGAUGGCGGCGUCACAUUUCAUACCCUCGCGCUCCUGGUGGGCGGCGCUUGCGCAAUUAUUGCCUGCUGUGUAUCAUUUAUCCUGAUCCUGUUACAUGCGACGCACUACAGCAAGCCGAUCGAACAGCGACAUAUUAUUCGCAUCCUAUUCAUGGUCCCCGUCUAUUCCCUCGUCGCAUGGCUCAGUAUCUACUUUUACCAUUACUCCGUCUAUUUCGAGGUUCUCGGCGACUGCUAUGAAGCAUUCUGUAUCUCCGCCUUCUUCUCCCUCAUGUGCCACUACGUCGCCCCGGAUCUUCACAGUCAAAAGGAUUACUUCCGUGGAAUUUCCCCGAAGGAAUGGCUUUGGCCGAUAACCUGGUGUCAAAAAUUAUUCGGAGCGGAAGGCAUAUGGCGCACCCCGCGCAGUGGGUUGACAUGGUUCAAUGUUGUCUGGGUCGGAGUCUUCCAAUACUGUCUGAUGCGCGUUUGUAUGACCAUCACUGCGGUUGUCACGCAUUACUUUGGAGUAUACUGCGAAUCAUCGCUCAGCCCUGCGUUCGCGCAUAUUUGGAUUAUCGUUAUCGAGUCCGUCUCGGUCUCCAUCGCCAUGUACUGCCUGAUUCAGUUCUACCAUCAGCUCAUUCAAGACAUCAAGCAACACCAGCCAUUUUUCAAGAUCGUGUCGAUCAAACUUGUCAUUUUCCUUUCAUUCUGGCAGUCGACACUUAUCAGUCUUUUGGUCUCUGAGAACGUUUUCGCGCCAACCAAGUACAUCGCCAUGAACGAUCUCAAAGUUGGCAUCCCGGAGCUACUGAUCAACAUUGAAAUGGCGAUUUUCGGCAUACUCCAUCUUUGGGCCUUCUCCUGGAAGGAUUACAGGCUGAAUAACGAGUCAAGUGAUGUGACUGAUUUCUACGGCAACGGCAAGUCUUCCUAUCAAGGUGGACGACUUGGCGUACUGGCCUUGAUCGAUGCCAUGAACCCACUGGAUCUCUUGAAAGCCAUUGGCCGAAGUGCUCGUUGGUUAUUCGUCCGCCGUAAGAAUCGGGGCAGCGAGCUCACCCAACGUGGAACAGCGUACCGUGGCGCUGGGGCGACCGUCUCCGGAACCCGAAGAGGCCGCUACGGAGAAACUCCCUAUGAAGAGGAUGCUAUACUUCUCGCUCACGCGCAACCAAAUCCUGAGAUUAUGACCAUGGGCAGCUCGCCGUACAUGUCGGAGUUCGAUGAUCAUGUCCAUGAUCCAAUGGGUCGGCACUACAACCGAAGCCCAUCACCCUUUGGGGACUAUCCGAGCCGCAGUUAUGAUAAUUCGCACUCGGAUACAUUGAUCAGCCCCCUUCAGGAGCAGCCUCCCAUUCCCAUCCAGGAGUCUUAUCUGCCCCCUCCUCCCCCAUACCCUACCACCCGUCGUCAUGAUCCACGUCCAUGA